AUAGGAUUGUGAUGUGCGAAUUGGAUGAAUCCGAUAUACAAAGGUGAUUGGACCGACAUUUAUUUUUCUGGGUGACGUCACUCCUCGUACCGGCGUGACCCGAACUGGGUUGGCACAAGAAACGGAAACGGGACUUUCACACACCCGGAACUCACCGUGGGCCCCAUCCCCUCCCCCUCGACACGUCCCCAACGCUGUCCGCCGGAGCGGACGAUAUCACGCACCGUCCCGGAAGAGGCCGUUCGCUGACCCAGCGGAAUCCCCGGGCCAACGCUAUCGGCACGCCCACUACCCUCCUCUUCCACCCCCCCGCCUGCCCCAACACACACACACAUCCCUCUGGCCCUUUAUAACCCCUCCUCCUCCUCCUCCUCCCUCCUCCUCCUCCUCCUCCUCUCUCUCUCCCCUAUAAUUAAUUCCCUAGAGAUGGAGAUAGAUAGCACCGACUCGUCCUCCGGCAUGAAACAUCAACCUCAGCAACAGCAGCAGCCACCGCCACAACCGCACCUCCCGCCGGGCUUCCGUUUCCAUCCCACUGACGAGGAGCUCGUCGUCCACUACCUCAAGAAGAAGGCCGCCUCCGCCCCGCUCCCCGUUGCCAUCAUCACGGAGGUCGAUCUCUAUAAGUUCGACCCCUGGGAGCUCCCAGGCAAGGCGAGCUUUGGAGAGCAAGAGUGGUACUUCUUCAGCCCCCGGGACCGCAAGUACCCGAACGGGGCGCGGCCGAACAGGGCGGCCACGUCCGGCUACUGGAAGGCCACAGGAACGGACAAGCCCGUGCUGACGUCCGGUGGGAACCAGGUCAAGGUCGGAGUGAAGAAAGCCCUCGUGUUCUACCGUGGGAGGCCUCCCAGAGGAAUCAAGACUAACUGGAUCAUGCAUGAGUACCGGCUCGCAGAUGCCAGCAGCAGGUGCUGCCCUGAUAACAACAACAACAGUAACAGCAACAGCAACAGCAGCAGCAGUAGCAGCUGCAGGCCACCCCACGGUGGCCACAUGGCGAACAAGAAGAGGGGCGGAUCCCUCAGGCUGGACGAUUGGGUUCUGUGCCGCAUCUACAAGAAGAACAACAGUAGCGACGUCGGUGUUGACAUGAGGGCGAUGCAACGGGACAGGGAAGAUGCCAUGGACGACAUCCUCGGGGCCGCACCAUCUCUAGCUCAGCAGACGGCGGCGACAGGCGGGCAGCCUGACUCCGGUCCUCUACCUCAAAGACCUCCGACCAACUACAACGCACUGCUCGAGAACGACGAGACCUUUUUUGAGGGACUACUCGCGAACGAGGUUGGGCUGCCGUCCAAACCCAUCACCCAUCUUGCUGCUGCUGCAGCAGCGCCAAGGGCCCAACUCAACCUUGCGCUGCUUCCGGCCGGUACCUUCCCCACGAGGAACCCUCUUGCCUCUGCAUACUGGACCGAUUCCACCGACAUCGCAGCACCAUCGGCCAAGAGGUUCCACACCGGCGAUGGCAAUAUCAGUAGCAGUGCUGCCAACAAAAACAAUACCAGUAGCUGCAGCAAUGGCAGUGCCACCAACGAUGAUGGUGGCCAUGAAAAUCAGAUGAUUCUCAACCAGAUGCCGCAUGGAACAACAUUCCAUGACCAAAUGAUGCUUCGACAACUGAGGGAUGGUGGAGCCAUCUUCCAGCAGCCAUACCAGCUCCCCGGAGUGAAUUGGAGCUCCUAAUUGACGUGUUUUUAGAGGUGAGUAUUGAUAUUCCUGUCUGUCUGUCCUUUAACUGCCCAUAACAUACGUGGAAGAAGGCUCGAUGAAGGGGUAGCUGCUAAUGCCAAAUCCCUCAAUUUCCCAUCAUUCCCUGCCACUUCAACAGUGUAAGUAUUGGCUUACUGUUGGAUAGGAGAACAGAGAUUGCAAGUUUCAGACUAUAAAUACAGUUGGAUUCUUAAUAAAUAGGAGGGAGAGAGAGAGAGAGAGAGAGAGAGAGAGAGAGAGAGAGAGAUCAGAUAUAGCAAUUCUCUAAACAAAAACAAGCCAAGCAGUGAGUGUUACUCAUAUAAUCGGAAGUUCUAUAUAAAACUGAACUUAUUGUAGUUAUUCAUGAUUUCUGUUUCUUCAGAACACAAAACAACCCAGUGUAGCUCUUGUGGUAUUAAUUCAAUCAUCUAAAAGUUAUAUUCACAUAUAAGCUAUUACAGCAUGCCAAUUCCCUCCCUCAGUACAAGAUAAAGAGCUUCGAGUUAUGUUGUGCUACAAGUAUGAUUCAUUCUGCUGAAUCCGCUUAUGCUGUUGCAUUAUGAAUUGUACGAUCACAGACCGCCCAUAUAUGCUCUGUUUCUGGUACAUGAAUUCUCUUAUUUUCUUUAUGGAAAGUAACAGCGGUAAUACUAGAGAAUCUGGUC